AUGUGCCGUCUUGCCAUCGUCUUGUGCGCCGUCGCCGCCGUUGCCGUUUACGCUCAGCCAGCCGGCGGCGAUGAUGUGCCGCCAUUCCUUCGCCGCGCCACACCGGCCCAACUCCAGUCGUUCCAGCAGCUCGUGCAGACCAACGGACAUCUCACCGACGCCGCUUUGGACGCCAAAGUCGCCGGAUGGGCUCAACAGCAGGGUGGAAACGUUGCCGCCGACUGGGCUGAAUUCCAAAAGUUCAUCAAGCAAUCGCAAGCGCAAGCCGAGGCCGCCCACAACGCCGCUCUAGCUCACUUCUCGCCGGCCGCCAAGAAGGCCGACGCCGAUUUGACGGCCAUCUCCAACGACGCCUCGCUCUCCGUCAAGGCCAAGGGCGACAAGAUCCAGGCGUACCUUCAGUCGCUUCCAGCCAACGUGCGCGCCGAGCUCGAGAAGGCCCAACAACAAUAA